AUGUCGUUCCAAGUGCCCUACGAGUCUAGUCCACCCGAGACCCCGGCGAAAGAUCGCUCUCGCAGUCUCUGGAGUAACGUGUCGACAACUCCUGCCGGCCCGCCGCCAUCUACCGCAGGCUCGUUCAUACCGCAUUCUACAUCCAAUAUCAAUGGCGGCUCUCGCAUCAACUCCUUCUCCAGAAAUGAAAACACAGUCUCAACAAACCAGAACUCUUUCUCGCGCAAUGACUUCUCCAACUCCAUCUUCACUAAAUCCGGUAACCUCAACACAAGUGAUAGCAUCUUUGGGUCGUCUUUCGGACCGACCGAUUUUUCCAUGCCUCAGCAGCCAAAAGCUUCCACAAAGCCCGCCGCCCAGUCCAGCCUGCGGUUUGGUGUGAUGAAUGGAGGACUUGGGGAUUCAACGACGAGCUUUGGGCAAUCCAAUGGGUUCAAGUCAUCGCAAAUGUCCGACUACCACGACGAGCCGGAAGACCAGAUGGAAGAGGAGGAACAAGAGCUUCCCGAAGAGGAACUCGAAGAAGAGGACGAACAACCCGAAGAUGAAAUGGAUGUCGGCGACCUAAAUCAGCCCAAGAACUUUAAUUUCCUGGACUCAGCCUUCGGAAACCCGUUCGGUUCCCAGCCCUCUAUGGGUGCUCAGCGCAAACAGAUCUACUCGAACCCCAGUGAUGCCAAGCGACCGAAACUUGACGAACACUGGGCGCACCAGUCGCCCCUCCGCAAGAACCUGGCCCCGAAGAAGCCGUCCGCGAUGCCAUCCAUCCUUCACAACAUGGCUGCCAGGUCUCGCAUUCCCCCCGUCAAUGAGCCCAAAGAAAUGAUUCUCGAAACGGAGGAUGCUCUAGGAAAGCUUAUGGACGAACUCAAGGCCGCGGAAUACAAACACGUUGACUUCGAUGCUGUGUUGUCGAGCGUGACGAAGGAAUUGACAGAGAAUUGGCAAGAUUGCGCAGACGAAAGUGGCAUUGAGCGGCCCUAUGGUGCCCACUCUGAAAUUGGGCCCGGCGAAAGGUCUCCUGACCUUGUGAAAGCUAUCUACCUGGCUUCAUUGCUGCUACGGAUUCACCACCCGCCUCGUGAAAUGCCCUCGACCAGUCACAUCAACCCUAUGCGCACCGGAGCUGCCGGUAUGGUCAAAACUCUGGCACGAAACCCCUCCCCUAAACCCCUGCCACAUGUGCUGCUCGACUGGCUCAGCGAGAACCAUGCAUCGCAGACCAAUAACCUUCAGGCCUUGAAAUAUGUGGAACCCAACCCGACCGCCUCUUCGAACUUCUGGGAUAUCAUCAUUGCGUCUGUUCUGCGCGGCCGGUUGGCCGAUGCCGCCGACGUUCUUCGUUCUGCAGACUUCAAUUAUGCGCGAUCUGCAUUGGAGGAUGGACUCCCACAGCCUGGUUAUCGCGGCACACAGCUGCAAAACAUCCAGCACUGCGUCAACAAGGCUCUUCAAAUACUCGAAACAUGUCCUGGAAAUCAGUCUGGGGACUGGGAGGUCACCGGUCUGGAGUGGUCGCAGUACCGCAAACGGGUUGUCUCCGCUAUCACUGACCUGGAGGAGUUUGCUGAAGGAGAGGAACGGGAUGAAUCGAUCGUGCCAGUCCAGGAUAAUCGCUUCCAGGCUGUCAACUUUGGAAUGCCCACUUUCAACCAAAACUGCAAUAAGAACCGGAUCUCGUUCGCCCAAUCGGCUCGUAUGGCCGAGAGCCGCGUGCCGUGGUCGAUUUACCAAUGCUUGCGGUCUAUCUACCGCAUCAUCCUAGGUGACCCAUCUGCUAUCAAGGCCAGGUCCCAGGACUGGGUGGAGGCGACUAUCGCAUUGACUGCAUGGUGGGACGGUGAAGAUGACGACGGUUCCAGCAUGGAUCUCGCUGCUAGCAAAUCCAGCGACACCUUCCAAGACUUCCUGCGCUCACGUGGUCCCAAGAACCAAGUUCGCGCCGUUGAUCGCAACAUGCGUGGCGCAUACCUUGACCGCCUUGAACUGGCCAUUAGUCACACUACUAGCGAUGCGUCCGACAACGCUGACUUCAGACCCAAUUCUCUCAGCAGCGUCGAAGUCGGUCUCGCAUCUGUAUUCGAAGGUAACGUGCAGGGUGUACUGGAACUACUCCAGUCAUGGUCACUGUGCGUGGCCGCCGCUGUGGCAGAACUUGCCAGCCUAGGAGGCUGGUUCGAGUCUGGUAGCAGUCAAAAGACGCUGCCUGGUCUGUCUGAGACUGAUCUGAUGGUCCUCUCCUACGGGCAGGAUGACAAGUCUCCGGCUCGUCAUCUGCACAAAGACGACAUUCUCCGUCACUACGCCUUCGGACUGUAUGACCGACCCGUGAUCGAUAACGAGCACAGCUCCCGUGAGGGAUGGGAACUGUCUCUUGAGGUGUUGAGCCGUUUCGAUGAUGCUAGCCAGAUGAAAAAGGCUGUCUCCGAGAUUGUGGACAAACUUCCUCUAGAAAGCCCCGAUCAGUUAGACAAACUGGUGGUCCUCUGCUCAGAGCUUGGUUUAGAGGACCAAGGGCGCCGAGUUUCUGAGCGAUUCGGAGACAUGUUGGUGUCGAAAUCCGAGAACUUCGGCCUGGCACUCGUCUGCUACGCUCGCGCGCAGAGUCGGCGCAAGGUCAAGUCAGUAGUUGACCUCUUGAUCUCCUACAGCUUGGUCCAAUCACGCGCAUACCCUGCAACGGCCGAUCUCGAUGAACAACUCCGCUCCUUGAUGAAGGAGCCAAAAGCCUGCUUGUCGACUAUUGCACAGGUGGACGAAGAAGCAGCUCGAAUCCUACAAUUCUACCUGAGUGGCUACGCGACAUUGCGCCGAUUCUACGAAAUCCGCGAUGAGGAAUUUGAAUUACAAGAGAGUCAGCGACCACGCUACAAGCCAUUGGCUCGACGUCGCGCCGCUGCGCAAGCUCUUGUGGCUGUCAUUGGGAGUGCCGCUGAUAAUAUCUACGGAGGUCUCUAUGACCCAGACCGUGAUUCUGCUGUGCAGGUCGACGGACUGCUAGCUCUGCUGGGCGAAGCCUGUGCAUUUGUGAACCGUGGGUGUCCUGAUUUGAAUCCGUCGACUAUCUUGCCUAGUACUAAUGUUCCACCAGAACCCACUGCAUUCCUUUCCGUCUCCCAACAGUUCACCAUCCUAUCUGCCAUCGAGGACCUGGAAACCGUCACUCCCCGCGUGUACGCACAGUGCGAGGAAUGUUUCCGCUCCACCUUACUCGAGUACCAGUCCUCCUCCCGUGGGGACUCCGACGGCCCGCCAUCCCCUAGCGCCCUCUUGAAAAAAUCCGUCACCGACUUCUCCGCAUCCACCUUCUCCCUCAUCGGCAACGACAUGCUCGAGUCAGCGCGCAAUCGCUCCGGCUCUGGCUCCAUAGGCAGCUCAGGCGUUCUGGUCCCCAACCCAGGCGACACAUCCAGCGCAGACCGCGGCUGGGACUGGCGCGCUGGACUCCCCAGCGAUGCUAAGGGCGAGGAUAUCCUCCGAAUGCUGCGACUGGGAUUAGCACGCGGGUUGAGUCAUGGUGCAAUGGGAUCGAUCUGA